CCGACACACCAGCCCCCGCCCACGCAUUCCGAUUCCAAAUUGAACAGCUCUGCUAGCUCAGACACAGGUGGGGGGAGGCGGCGGCACGGCAGCUGCAGCAAACUACAAGGCGGCGAGCAGAGGCAGAGCCGCGCCAAAAGCGAGGGGAAGCAUCCAAGCCUCGGGCGAUCCCGCCGAAGCGCCCUCGUCCGCUUCGUCCCUGCUGUCAGAGCCGCCGCCGCGGCGCGCGGGCGCGCGUGCUUGCUUUUAUAUACAGGCGACCCGCGUGCCCGGGCUCUUCGUUGCCUGCCUCUGACUCUGCAGUCUGCACGCACGCACUCACCCAGGCGGAGCACGAGAGAAGCCGGCCGGCGGCGAUGGAGUGGCUGGAUGAGUACGAGAAGCUGGUGAUCCGGAUGAACACGCCGCGGGUGGUCAUCGACAAUGCCGUCUGCCCCACGGCCACGCUGGUGCAGGUGGACAGCGCCAGGAAGCGAGGGCUGCUGCUGGAGGCGGUGCAGGUGCUGGCCGACCUGGACCUGUCCAUCAACAAGGCCUACAUCUCCUCCGACGGGCGCUGGUUCAUGGACGUCUUCCACGUGACCGACCGCCUGGGCCGCAAGCUCACCGACGCCAGCGUCAUCGCCUACAUCCAGCAGUCCCUGGGCACGUGGGUCGAGCCGGCGGCGGCGGCGCCCCCCGAGGGGCUGACGGCGCUGGAGCUGACGGGGCCCGGGCGCGCGGGCCUGCUCUCCGAGGUGUUCGCCGUGCUGGCCGACAUGCAGUGCGGCGUGGCGGACGCCCGCGCGUGGGCGCACCGCGGCCGCCUCGCCUGCGUCGCCCACCUCCGCGCGGACGACCCUGCCGACGGCGACGGCGACGGCCGUGUAUCUCGCAUCCUGGCGCGCCUGAGCCACCUGCUUCGCGGCGACGGCGUGGUUGCCCCGGGCGCCGUGGCCGCCGUGCCGGCCUCCGGCGUCGCGCACGCCGACCGCCGCCUGCACCAGCUCAUGUCCGCCGACCUGCACCGCGCGGCGCCGGUCCCUGUCCCGGUCCCGGCCCUGGCGCCCGCCGUGUCCGUGCAGAGCUGGGCCGAGCGCGGGUACUCCGUUGUCACCGUGCAGUGCGGCGACCGGCCCAAGCUGCUGUUCGACGUGGCGUGCACGCUCCACGACAUGGACUACGUCGUGUUCCACGGCACCGUGGACACCGCGGCGGGGCGCGCGCGCCAGGAGUUCUACAUCCGGCGCGCCGACGGCAGCCCCAUCCGGUCCGAGGCCGAGCGCGAGAUGCUCACCCACCACCUCCAGGCCGCCAUCGAGCGGAGGUCGCUGGAGGGCGUGAGGCUGGAGCUGUGCGCGCCGGACCGGGCGGGCCUGCUGUCGGAGGUGACGCGGACGUUCCGCGAGAACGGGCUGCUGGUGGCGCAGGCGGAGGUGUCGACGAAGGGCGACCAGGCGUGCAACGUGUUCUACGUGACGGACGCCGCCGGCAAGGCGCCGGACCGGGGCGCCAUCGACGCCGUCAGGGAGAGGGUUGGCGCGGACCGCCUCGUGGUGAGCGAGGAGCCCCGCCCGCCGCAGCAGCAGCUGUACCCGGACGCCUCCGGGCCAGGCAGCGGCGGCGGCGGUGGCCUCGGGCUGGUAUACCUCGGCAACCUCGUGAGGAGGAACCUGUACAACCUCGGCCUCAUCAAGUCGUGCUCGUGACUCGUCAAGGCCGGCCGGGUGCUCGGGUCGAGACGCGCGUCGUGGAGGGGACGGACGGACGGACACGCGCCAUUGCUCUGUGUACGUACUGUAUUGUACAUACAGGGCACCGACGCCGUGGCGUGGCCUGGAGCAGGAUGGCUAGCCGUACGUAGGGAAACUCUGUAGCCGUGUACUGUAGAUAGACAAAACCGUCGUCGCUGGCAGUGGUAGGGGGGGGGUGCAUUCAUCGUGCGUGGGACGAUUCGUUAUUUAUUACUGUACCUGUUAUUCUUUCCGUUCGUUGGGUAACCACACCUCUCUCUCUUUGCUAUUUCUUGUCUGUCCUUUGUGCCGUGGCUGACGAGUAUACUCCAGUACGGACACGCGGCUAGACCGAUGCUUUCCUGCUCGGAUCCAUCAUAUUCCCAGAGCCUUUUUUUUAAGGGUCCGAGGAAGAUGUGUGGGGGUGACCAGGGCAGAGUCGGCCAGAUGCCCAAAUGUGUCUAGUGUUGCUUUUUA